AGUGGUGUUAUUGACAAUUAUUUUUAAACGCCGAGUCUUACAUAGUCACAUAUUUGACUGUGAAAUAUUCCACUUUAUCAUCGAAACUAUUUGUAAACGCCUCAUAUCCGAACUGAUGCGAUGUUUCUGUUGGCAAUAGUAUUUAACAUCCUAGGUAUGGUGUGUAUCAAAAUAUAUUGUCUUGACUUUAGAAGGACUCUUCCCCAAAAAGUAAUUAAUUUAUACCUAUUGUUACUAGGUAAAGCCAACAAUAAAUAAUUUAAACAUAAGUAAACGACAAGAAAAGGGUGAGUUAGGUUGAUGUCGACCAUGUGUCGGCUGAUAUCGGUCGCAGUUUUGAAUAUCCUGUUUUUGAAGAAGCUUCUUACGAGUGUAUCCAUAAAUUUUCAGUUUCGUCGGUUUCGCUUGUCAUUAGAUGCAAAGCGUUUUGUGAAAAAUGUGUAUGAAGAGGCUUCAUUAAACAAGCAGCUUUAAAAGAAACUUACCUAUUUCCAAAUACGCCGAUAUCCUCGAUAAUAUAGUAUAAUAUAUUAUAAAUAUUAUAAGAAGGAAAAUAUAUCCCUUUUAUCAAAACCAUUCCAAUUGUUGCUGCUCUGGAUAAACUGAAAAAGAACUAGAGUUAUUUGUUAUGUAUGUACUGGAAAUUAAGCACCUUCAGAAAAUUAAAAAACAUAAUUCCGAAAACAUGUAUAAUUUACAUAGAUGAAACUUGAUUUGAUAUACAGUCACAUACUGUCAGACAAAAGCACAUUUAACGUCACCAAAAUUCACCUCGGAUCAGAGGAGAGGCUGAUUCCAAUCUGCUUGUUGUUUGCUUGUUAAUGACUCUAGCUUGGACUAUCGUAAAGGUGCAAGUGGCAGAACUUUUUAAAAACUGGUUUCAAAAUUAUCUUUAUUCCGAACAGUGUCACUGUAAUAGAUAACACAACAGUCUCCAACAAAAAGCAUCAAAUUCAUCCAGUAUAAAAACUGAAUUUCAAUAAUAUUUGUUAUAAAAUGAUGUUUAUUUUAAAUCCAGUUACGAGAAAGGGCAACUUUUGGAAGUGUUAAAUUCGUAUGCUAUUAAAAAACAAUAUGUAUGUGAUAAUUUAUGUGAUCAGGUGGGGCAUAUUUCCUCCUUAUCUUUGUAUAUUCAACCCCAUAGAACAUUUGUGGCACCAAGUAAAAUCAAAUAUUUUAAGUUUUAAUUAAAAAUCUAAUUAAUAAUACACUUGUUGAGAGUUGAAAGAAUGCAGUAUCAGCACAUUCUAAAAAUUGCCGGUUCGUAAAUUUUGCAUACAAAAUAAUAAUAUGGAACUCAUUGUAAUUAAUCUUAAUGAGUGAAACAGAAUUAGAUUUUCAAUAAAAACGUACUUAUUUAGGUAAUUAUGUGUAACUAAUGUAAGUAUACUAUUUAAUUUUAUAUAUUUAAAACAUCUUAGAAGUUGGUUUCUGAUGUUCUGUCGUACAAUACCGACUGGUCCAGUCACCAAAAGCCAAGAUGAUAUGCUUUACACACACAUGCUUUCGUUGAUUAAUGGAUUUGGAUAAUACAUAUAGGGAUAGUGGGGCAACUUAUCCAUGUAAACUUUUAUUUUAUCCAAUAGGAUGUCAUUAGGGAAGACUAAUAUAGUAGCGUUUAUGAGCUUCUAAGUUUAUAAGCCAAGUUGAAUAAUUAAUUUUUGUGUCUCGCGAAAGUGCCUUAUUUAUUUCGCACAUAAUCUCGUAGGUAUUGGAAGAGCUGAUGGACGGCGAUAUCAUAAUUUUCGAAAAAGAUGAAGGGGAAGUGCAAUCGGACCUGCCGACUUGUAUGGAUUACUACAAAGACUUAUUUUACCGCGUCGAGGUCACGUUUGUCGAUAAAACGAUACCGAACGAUCAAGGCUUUACGAUGGAAUUAUCCCAACGAAUGACCUACGAUCAGUUCGCGCGGGCCGUCGCCCAGCGUGUCGGAACCGACCCGUACCUGUUGCAAUUUUUCAAAUGCCAAAGCUAUAAAGAUAGUCCGGGUAACGCGUUGCGGUGCACUUUCGAAGGCACUCUGAAAGACCUGCUGCUGUUCAGCAAGCCGAAACUGCCGAAAAAGAUAUUCUACCAGCAGCUCAGUAUCCGCGUCAACGAGUUGGAGAAUAAAAAGCAAUAUAAGUGUAUUUACCUUGGCGCCAACAUGAAAGAGGAAAAGGAAUUGGUUUUGUAUCCAAACAAGAACGGAACUGUGGCGGAUCUCCUCGAGGAGGCCAAAAAGCAAAUCGAGUUCAGCGAAGGCAGCACGGGCAAGUUAAGGUAACCGUCGAGAAUUCGAUGUUGUUGAGCGUGCCAUUUAAUUUUUUCUUCAACUAACAUUUUUUUUUAAAUAAUAGGAGCGGUUACGUUUCAAUUACCUUUUUUAUGAAACCUAAGCGCGAAACGUUUUGGUUACUAUUAUAAAAGUCUUAUUGCAUUUGACUGGAGAAUUUUAUAAAGAUAACAUUUACCAAGUUUUAGUCUCAUAUAAACCUUUAACUCUCCAUUUAUUUGCAACCAAAAUCUUGCCGUUACCUUUUUAAACCAUAAAUAAGUUUUAUAAUGGUAAAGAAUACAUUUUCGUUACCAUUUUAAAACCUACGUGCGACGUAUAUAAACACCAUCUUUGUUUACAAUUUAUUUUAUUUCGUGUUAUCUACCUUUCUAUGCCCAUUGGGGACAAUAUUAAGGUGUGUGUGUUCCGGCGGUAAUCUUUUUUUCUGUA